AACCAACCAGACCCCCUCUGCAGCCAACCAGACCCCCUCUGCAGCCAACCAGACCCCCUCUGCAACCAACCAGACCCCCUCUGCAACCAACCAGACCCCCUCUGCAGCCAACCAGACCCCCUCUGCAGCCAACCAGACCCCCUCUACAGCCAACCAGACCCCGUCUGCAACCAACCAGACCCCCUCUGCAACCAACCAGACCGCCAUCUGCAGCCAACCAGACUACAUCGUCAGGGUUGACAACGCUCAGCGAGACCACUGCGACCACAGAAACCACCAUAACGUCAUCACCAGUUGGAAGAAGCACUGCAGGAAGCACUGCAGGCUAUGUGAUCCUGUUCCUCAUAUUGUUGGCCAUUGUCUGUCUGUUUAUGGUUCUCUAUAUGCUGAGGAAGAGUUCCAGGAGGUACUCGUUUGACCUGCAGCGUCCAGGCUAUGACCACGAGACCCCCCUCAGCUGCAUGGAACAACCCGGAACCUAUGAACCCACCAAUGAUCAGGAGGACUCUGUGAGAGAGGGUGGUGGUGAUGAUGAUGAUGAUGAUGAUGAUGGUGAUCACCAUGCUAUGAGCCCUGUAGCUAAUGGCUCAGCUGGGUCCACUGGAGAGACUGGGUCUACAGGGGAGACUGUGGAGAACGGAGAGAAGCAGGGUCAUGGUGAUGGAGACAACUUCAGCAACUUCUGUGGCAGUGAGAUCACUCUGACUCCGCCCAUAAAAAAGGUCUUUAGCCUGGACCAGUCAAUUAUUGAUAGGAUAAUUGACAAUAAUUGAUCAUUAAUAAUAAUUGAUAGGAGAGAACGGCGCUCGACACACGUUUAUGUUUAAAUGUGAAAGCAAGUGUUGUCUUGAUCUAUAAAAUGUAAUGCAAAUGUCAGAAUGUAAACCGCUUCAAAUAACUUUUACUUCCAUGCCCUAUUUCUGAUACUGUAUGUUCUUGAUUUAGAUUUCUUAAUAGUUUUUUUGUCAUUCAUUUUAAUAAUUUUAAU